AUGGCCUUGAGUCGUGGACAGGCUCUUUCCACUUAUGUCUCCGGAAUCAAAAUGUCCCCCGGGACAUCUCCUGCUUCAGUAGUCUUCAGAAAUACCCUCUACAUAUUUUACGCCGGUUCCAGUUCUGAUGGCAUAUGGUAUACGUCCACCGCCGAUGGAGUCAACUGGGCACCCGUCAUCAACGUGAACAAAAAAGGCGCAGGGGCCCUUAAUAUGGCUGAAGGCACAUCUCCUUCUGCCGUUGUCUUCCGCGACGCCUUGUAUCUCUUGUACAACCCUGCUGCAGGCUAUUUCACGUCCUUUACCAAAUUCGAUGGUUCCAGCUGGUCUGCUGUUGCCACGACAAACCUCACGGCCGCAGGACUCGGAUACAGGCCAAAAACAUCACCCAGUGCCGUCGUGUACAGAGACAUCUUGUAUAGUUUCCACUGCGCAGACUACGAAUUUGACGUCAUUCUCCAGUGGAACUCGUUCAACGGAAUCAAGUGGAACGCCUCGAACGGGAACCAGAGCUUCUAUGUUGGACCGCGAGGAUCGCGAGCAGGUCCACUUGACCCUGUUCUGGUUGCUCCCGGAACAAGCCCGAGCGGUCUUGUCUACGACGAUGAAUUAUACUGCUACUUUACCGGGAUGGGCAACACUGGGACUUGUUACGUGACGGUCCAGGAGGGCAAGAUUCUAGCACCUGUUUCUUUGUCGAAGCUGAACACGGGAAUGCCGUUCCAGCCUCAGAUAAGUCCCAUCCCACUGGUACUGCUUGAAAGUUAUGCAGUGCGCUGGUUUUGGGUCGAAAAAGCCAGCCAAACACUAUGGUACUCAGAUUAUCGCAGUGACGGUGGGGAUUGGAGUCCAUUGAAGAAGCUGAGCUGCGACGGAGACGUUCCGAAACUGGCUAUCAAUACCAACAUCACUGCCGUCCAGUUCCUAAACAAGCCAUAUAUUCUCUGGAACUCUGGCACAGGAAUCAGCUUCUGUGCUGGAUUUGUGUGGGAGAUUAGCGAUACCACCUCAGCCAAGCCUAUGCAGCUACUUCGAGAAUCGGACUCUUUUACUGUCAGUACCAGUGACAGUACAUUGGUUACUUUUCUACAAUCAGAGCUUGGAAAUGGCCCGACAGCUAGAGAGUUCAUCCCCGUCUCUCCUCGGCCUGCUACGGUAACUGGGGAGGUUUUCUACGUCUGUCCUCGGCCUGCCGAAGUGGUAUCAGACUUUACCAAGAGCGUCUACAGCAAGUUCGACGUCACUUCUUCCACGCCCCUGGCGACCAAGAUCUCGAUCACAACAACACUGCUUGCCAAUGCAUUUAAGCUGUCAUAUAUAAUUAUCCUUCAGUUUCAGCAGCAGAAGGCGACUUUGCGGUUUUAUCGUUAUAGACGAUCAUUGCUCUGCUUCCUCUACGACGACUAA